AUGGACAAUUUCUUCAAAUCCAUGGUGUUCUUGUUCUUGCUUCUACCUUCAGUCUGUCUCUGCUAUGCAAGCGCGUCAAGUUCUUCUUCGGAAGCCACAAUGCACACCAACAAUUGGGCCGUCUUGGUCUGCACCUCUCGUUUCUGGUUUAAUUAUCGACAUAUGGCCAAUACUUUAUCCUUAUACAGAACGGUAAAGCGGCUAGGGAUACCUGAUGAGAGGAUAAUACUUAUGUUGGCUGAUGAUAUGGCUUGCAACGCUCGGAAUAAGUACCCUGCCCAAGUCUUCAACAAUGAAAACCACAGGCUUAACUUGUAUGGAGAUAAUGUUGAGGUAGAUUAUAGAGGUUAUGAAGUGAAUGUUGAAAAUUUUUUGCGAGUCUUAACGGGGCGUCAUGAAACUGCUGUUCCAAGAUCAAAACGUCUUCUGAGUGAUGAAGGAAGCCACAUACUUCUAUAUAUGACGGGACAUGGAGGGGAUGAGUUCCUCAAAUUUCAGGACUCAGAGGAGCUUCAAAGUCAUGAUUUAGCUGAUGCAGUGAAACAAAUGAAAGAAAAGCACAGAUUUAAGGAGCUGUUGAUUAUGGUAGAUACUUGCCAAGCUGCCACUCUCUUUUCUCAGCUUCAUUCACCUGAUGUCUUGGCUGUUGGAAGUAGCAUGAAAGGAGAAAACUCUUAUUCGCAUCACUUGGAUUCUGAUAUCGUUUCACAUUUUAUACCCUUGCUUUCUUUGAGCGGCUAA